AUGGCCGCUGCCAACACCCCGUUGUUCCCCCCCGCGCUCAUCGGGCCCGACGCGGCAUCGGCCUUUCCGGCCGGCUACGAGAUUCGUCCCCUCGGCAAGGAUGAUUAUGCUAAGGGCUUCAUAGAGUGCUUGCGAGAUUUGACAUGGAUGGCGGAAGUGACCGAGGACGAGUUUAAACAACGCUACGACGAAAUGGACACUGGCGGCAAAGGCCCCUACUACUAUCUGGUCAUUGAGCACGCCGGUCGUAUCAUCGGCACUGGCUUGGUCCUCGCCGAAAAGAAAUUCAUUCAUAAUCGCUGCACCGUCGGCCACAUCGAGGAGAUUUGCAUCUCCAAGGACCACCAGAGCAAGGGCCUGGGCCGUCUGCUCAUGAAUGCACUCAACUCCGUCGCAGACAACGCCGGCUGCUACAAGACUAUCCUCAACUGCAGCGAGCAGAAGCAAGCCUUUUAUCGAAAGUGCGGCUAUGACAGCUCUGGCUCGGAAAUGGUCAACUACAUUAAGGGCGCCACGACACCGCGAUGA